AUGAAAACAUUUGUCGAAUAUCCGGAGUCACUCAAAGUGGAACAAGUCAUGGAACCUGAAGCUGAUGAUGUGGAAGUGAUCUCGGAGGAACAAUACCAUCUUGUGGCUGUUAUUUCCCAUCAAGGCAAUACCAUUACAUCUGGUCAUUACACGGUGUGCGCCCUUCGUAGUGGUGAAUGGUUUUACCUUGACGAUGCGCAAGUGUCGAAGAUCUCCGGUCUUACAGCAAGGAAUCAAGAGGCAUAUGUCUUAAUGUACGAGAGAGAUACCACCAAGAAGAGUAAUGCAGCAACCACUACAUUGGAUUCCCACCCAAACCAAUCUUCAUUUCGAGUCUUCGAUUCGCAUCCGCCAAAUUUCUACAUAGAUUAUCCCUCUACCUCAUAUUCUUUGCCAAAGAUAUGCUGUACUGAAAAAAGCGAAGAGAAGUUAGUGUAUAGACCGAUUACCGAAUCUCAAGUGAACGAAGCAAAACUGAAAGCGUAUGAAGACCACACUUUUCCCAAUCACUUAAGAUUGAAAGGGUACUCUUCAAGUGAUCUUUUAAGUCUUCUUCCAGGUACCUGGUUAAAUAAUUUCGUAAUUAAUAAUUAUAUGUGGCUUCUCGAAAAGAAAUGCAAAGCUCUUGGCAACAAUGUAAGGACAAUUAAUAGCGAUGUAUUUCAGACAAUGAAAACACCUUCCAUGGAGAUAUUUAAUAGGAACAAAUACCAAACGCUGUGCAGUGACAUUCUUUCAUGUGAUGUGAUUUUGGGCGCAGUAAACUUUGGUAACCAUUGGUGUCUAGUGGCUAUAUUUCCUCAAUUAAGAAUGAUGGUGUAUCUCGAUUCUUUAUAUCACGGUGCUCAUGCAAAGGAGGGCUUCCAGAGGAUGCAGAACUUCUUGCAGUGUUCCCAGCGGAUAUCCAAAGCACAAGAUUCGUCGCUCGACUGGAAAGAAUGGCUAUUUUAUAAUCUACCCAGUCAGUAUCUCAGCCAACAGACGAAUUCUGACGACUGCGGUGUAUUUGUUUCGAAGUGGGCUCAGCACAUUGCUGUUGGAUUCCCACUGGAUUUUACUCAAGCAAACAUAGAAUCUUUCAGGUAUUCCAUGAUUCUGGAAAUAUGUGCCGGGGAACCGCGUUUAGAAAUUGAGCUUCCAUCAUUGGAAAGUCAAUUCAAAAAUGAAACUGCAACUCACGAAGAACAUGUUAAUUUCUGUACCAGUGAAGAGAGAUCAAAGAGAAAAGAGGUGACCUCGUUGAAAAGGCAGUUAAGUUCGCACUCGUUGGUUCGAUUUCGUAGAUUCAGAUGACGAUUUUCAACAAACAAAGAAAGUAAAGUCCUCCAAUACCAAAGACUUUUCGGCCGUCUCCCCAAGUUCAAAUACACAAACCAAAAAAACACACUCCACCACGCAUGAUCACUGUUAUGCAACAUCAAAACCUAGCGUUCAACAAUCUGACUUACCUCUGCAUGUCAGAGAUAUCCUUCCACCAAACUAUACCUACAAGCUUCAGGAAUAUGAAGAUCAAGAGAAAGAGUAUUUUACAGGGGCACCAAAAGAGGCUUUUAAGGCAGUUUUCUCCAUUUGUAAUGUCACAUCAGCGGAGCAAGUUAAAACAUGGGUUUCAGAACUGGCUUCAACAUCUAAUAUUAAAUAUGUCACGCAAGGUGGAUACCGACGAAAAGGUGUAAAAGUCCUUUUAUCGAAGUGGUAUAUUUGCCAAUGUCAAAGAAAGAAGUUAACGAAAAAGCAACAAGAGGCAAAAAAUAGAACCCCGGCAGUUUUCGAGAUAUUUGGCAUUGAAGUGACCAUACUAAAUUCAACCUUUGCCAAAAUGGCGUCUAAUAUCUGGGGAAGAUAUUGCGCCACCAAAGCUUGGUUUUCACAAUAAAUUUUGAAAGUCCCCCAAUAUUAGGAUCAUUUUUCUUUACAGUAAGUGUUAAAUUACUUUUGAAAGACUAUUUAGAAGACUUAGGAGUUAUUUGCCUGUUUUUACAGAUUUUAUAUCUGGACUGGUAUUACUAGCCUGCAUGCCCAUCUCCUUGACAUGCAUGCCUAUCUCCUUGGCAAGUGAAAUUGUCUGGUGGUAGAGACGAUUUUAAAAGAACAGCACAUUAUAAAGUGAUCAGAUUUUCUCUCAGUGAAAAAUUCUAUGUUCCUUUUUAAUUACAGCAGUUCAGAUGUCGAUAUAGAAUUGAAAAAGGGCUUCUUCCUGAACAUCCCGCAAGGGCAGGGCCAACUGACGAUGUUGAAGAAUGA